AUGGCGAGUGCGAAGAGCGAGGACAGAACAGUGUUAGAGGCAGAGACUAUCUUUCUAUUAAUGAAGAAGGGCUUUCCAAUCUCUCGCAAUGUUAGAGCUCAAUGGCUGCUGGAACAUUUGGACUCUGUGAUAAGUAUACAAUGUCCAAAUAUAAAAAAUAAGGAGGAACCAGAACUGGAGAUAGUGUCAGUGCUGCCAAAGGAUAAAUCUGCUGCAUGGUCUAUAGACACCAGCUACCAAUUCCUUUAUAAAGUUGUUUCAACAACAUCGAUUGUAUUCCUGGCACACAAAUACAGGAUGGUCUUUAGCUUAGAUUUGAGUCCAUCACUUGCCACUGUUGAUGUACAAAAUGGAGAAAUUGUCAUUGAUGAGGUAUGCCUGGCGACAAAGAGGUGUCUUGAGGGUAUAACCAAAUCAUUUACAAUACCAGGCAGCAGACGCGUAAUGCAGCCUGAAAUUUAUGUGACUGUGAUAGCUCAUACGCCAUUCUUUACGAGUCCAGCGCAACAAGUACUAGUACAAGGAUGGCUGAUCACUGCAGAUAAUGUCAACUCUCUCACGCAAUAUAUAGAGAAACAGCUGUAUCUGUUAGAGGAGAGAGUGGCAACCGUCACAGCUAUAGCUAAUCAGCAGUUAGAGAAUUUGAGGGCUGAGAGCGAGCGUUUGGUAGGGAGGCUUUUUGAGGAAAGCAGCAACUGCUUAAACAAAAAUAACUGUAAUAUUUCCAUAGUUUCGCCAGAAGCCAGUUUUGUAAAUAUGUUGAGAUAUGGGAUGCUGGCUUUAACGCUUUUACCUGAACACAGCUGUGCACAUAUGGUAAUAGUCACGGACGGUAUCGUUGGAAUAAAAAAUGCCCACACGUUAGAUUCCAUUAUUCAGCAACUACGCGCGACAACGGUCGCGUGUAGCAUUUUACGCGUAGGCAGCGCGUACGAUCCACAAUGUGCGGACGGUUUAGUGCCAUAUCAAGAUCUGCUGUAUUUUAUUGCCGCGGCUACGCUCGGUAGUUAUAUGUCCUUCAAUUCGUAUGUGAUGUCUGCGCAUGGAACAGAUAUGAAUCUUUAUCAUAAACAUUUUUUAUGUUGGCAAUUAUAUCGUGAUUUAUCGAAUCAUGAUACAUGGGAUCGUCACUGCUGGAGAACUGAAAAUAAUUGUUUUCAUGGACAUAAAAGCGGUCAACUCUUGAAAAAAAAACAGAUCGAUGACAAAGUUACUUGUACCCUAAGCAGUCUGUUGUGUUGUCGUUUAAGAGAAGGAUACUUGAUAAAAAGAGCUAGUAUACGAGACGACAUUCUUGAAAUAAAUUUUGAAUUAUUAUGGAAAACCAAUGUUUUCUUGGAAUAUUUAGUAUCAUGUCCAUGGUCUUCAAAAUCGUUAUCUCUGUCCAAUGUGAUACAAUAUACCAUUACUAUAGAAGCACCAUAUGAAUUUUUACAUGACAUUACAUGUCUAUCAAAGAAACCAUUGAACUCGCAUUAUCGUCAAGGUGUCAUCUCUCGUUUUUGGACGGCAUUGACAUCGUUAACUGAAAGUGACAAUAUGUUAGCGCACUUUAGUUGGUUUCCAGGAUCUGGAUGGACUUGGUACAGCGUACCAGACACCAUCAGAAGUGGAAUGCCCGUGUUUUACUUGUCGUCUUAUCCAUCACCAAGUACAGUACAACUUAGUGACGCUGCCUGCCCCCAGUUUGGACAGAUAUGGCAACCGGUUGUCUCUUUAGAUCCCCUUCAAUGGGCGCGUUGGAUGCACACUCAGAGGAUCACGUUAAUCUUAGCUUAUGAUAGGCCAUUACCAAGGCAUCUUCAUCAAGCAAAUCAAAGCGGUCGUUUCCAAUGCGUUCAAAGCCGACAAGCAGCGGCCGUGCUGUAUGCUAUGUUGAAAAAUUGGGCAACUUUUGUACUAGUCGAGAAUCACACGUAUGUCCAGUUCAUAUACAGAGAAGUAGAGAAGCCGCCAGUGUCGUUCUCGUUAAUUCGUAUUAAUUGUAAAGCGCUCUGCGUUGUACUCAAUAUAGCAUUUGCUGGCGGCACCGAAGGUGUUGUCCGCCACAAUGUAGUUGUUGAUCUCGUGGAUAGACUAUCCAAGCUCACGUUACCAAAUCGACCGACAGAGCAACGUGAGAUUCCAUGUUGCACAAUAAUACAUAAAUCACUCGAGCGAAUUCUCGUAAGAUAUGAGCGUAUACCGAGCAAUCUGAGUAUGGUGGUAUUUCCUGACGGAACUCAGCCGACCUGUACUAGGACCGCACCAGGACUAGGAUUAUUGGGAGGUAGUCUGACUACAACCUUGUCUAGAUAUUUAUAUCACAAUCGUUGGUUGUGGCACGUGAAGCGACCGUUUGUUCAGACCAUUCCAGGAAUUACUUUGUCCAGAUUAAAUAUCACUGCGAUCGCAAGAAUACUCUCUACAAUUACCAAAAUACGUCUAAGAGAAGGCUUUAAUUUCGCGUAUUCAGCAGCUGGCAUCACAAACAUGGUGUUAGAAGUGCAAAUGCAGGGCUUCGGAAACGACGAGAAUUCUUAUCCGUGUAUUAUUCAGUACGUCUUGUUUCCGCCACAUGUUGUGCCGAAUACAACAUUAGAACGCGAUAGCGGUACUGAAGAUGAUACGGAAGAAGGUACCGCUGAGGCGGAAGUGUGGACUGAAGAUUCUGAAGGCUACAGCGAUUUUCAAAUCGUUACGGAGGUUUGGGUUGAACCCCAAUGCGGCUAUGUGCAAAUGCCUACACAAUCGAUUGCUACGUACAUGCAUCCUCUACAGUAUCAUCAAUUACCAGAUGUAAUUGCUCGAAUAGACGAGGAGUGUAUUAAUGCUCUAUUGACCCUAGAAUAUUUGAGUCUCUUGUGUCAAAUAACACCGGUGGAAAAAGAUACAGAGAUUGUGUUCGGACAAGCGCACCAAGGAGUCAAAUAUCACGGUGUGGGCACGUCUACAGAUCGUAUCGCGGAAUGUUCAAAUCUAACCGAGCCCUUUGAGGCGACGCCGAUCAUCGACGAGAGGAUACAUCCUAUGUACUUUUCGUUCGAUACUUUGAGCAUUUUAUCAAAAUGUCAGCAGGCGGAACUCUUGUUCUCGAUGUUCGCUGAUGAUUCUGUACAUGUCGAUGAGGCUAGGGAUAGUGCAAAUAGGAUCCUUAUGGCAAAUUUCCUGGAACAUAUGAAACAAUUACACAAUAAAGAGUUAUUGCUUACAUCAGCAGAAUCGCAAAGAUUCACUAAAAUGCUUCUUAGCAGGCCACGCGAGAAUAUUCCACCAUUACCUUUCUUUAUGCAAAGAGAGAAAAAUUAUAAAGAUGAUACAUUAGAUACUUAUCCGAGAUGGAAGUGUUUUGUUAAAGGAAUUAGUACGACACACGUUAUUAUUACAAUAUUACCAGCAACUGAAAAAGACGUCCACCUGAUAAUGUACACAGGCGACAAUUGUACAAGUAAUAAUUCCGAGAAGAAUUGCGAUUCUGAUAUUUUCGAUCUCGAUUUGAACGAAAAGGUAUCAUCUCCAACAUUGUGUGCAGAAAACUUAUCUGACUUUGUGACGUUGGAACAUAGGGAGUCAAAAAUUUCUAGUCAAUCUACCACUGCGAAUAGCACGUCGAAAGCUAAUGUAAAUCAUAAUUUUGAUAAUGCUGACAAUGAGGGAAGCCUUGUUAUACCUGUAUACGUAUAUGAUUGUUCAUUAGCAUUAUUAAUUGAUGCACUCGUCGGGCAAUUGAAAUUACCCCAGAACAAAGACAUUUAUCAAGAUCAUACCUUUAAAGUCGGAGAGCAAGUUUCCGAGGAUUUUAUAAGUCUGAAAUCAGAAAGCAACACAAAGCCUUCAUCCCCGGAACCAAAAAGCGAAGACUCUGACAAUAUUUCUAGUGAUCAACGAAGUUUGAUGGAACAUUGCAAAUUGUUGAGCUUAGCACAUUGUCAUUGUUAUGUAGUCGCAGUUUAUAAGUCACUUGCAUUGCAACAGUCAUUAAGCUAUGAGGAUAUGGAAGCCGCUGUUGCACAAUGCGAGGAAAACCUUAUUGAGAUUAAUAUUACAAAUUAUUUACGAUCUGUGUGCAGACAUUUGAGCAUACUAUCAGAAGGCGAUCUGUUAAAUCAAUUAAAAAUCUCCGCAUGCAACGAUAUUAAGCCAUUACAUAGUUUAAUCAGAAAUAAGUUUAAGAAAAUUAUGGCAGUCGCAUUUAGACCUGUACCCGCGCAUCCAGAAUUUUAUUACUGUUUACCAUCGUGGAUGUCAGAAAAAAUGGAAGUGAUAUCGCAAAGGACAGAUAGCGAUGAUGAUUUAGAUGAAUUCACAUGUCACUCUGAAAUGCCUCCAAAAACAGAUAAUUCUUCUAAUCAAGUAAGUCAAGCUGUCAAUAUUACAUGGCCAGUUACAAAUCUUCAUAACAACGAGAAGCUAUCUCAUUCCAACUCGAAAGACUCGCUGAUUAGCGAUUUCGAUGAGGAAAAUACAUGGAAUACGAAGGAUCAGCCUCUUUUCCUACACUUAAGCUGCUCGAUUCGUUUCCACUCCGAACUUUUCAGUAUACCUGUUAAACUGAUGCCUACUUGCUUUACCGAAAUUAUCCAAAGGAUUAAUGAUGGCAAGGAAAGAAAUCUUGCUGAAUUAAGCCUAGACGAUCUGAAAGUUACUUUGGACAUCAUUUGUUUGAGCCUUCCAAGAGAAGUGUUGGAAGUGUCAUUAGAACGUUAUCCCACGUUAAGAACGACGUCUUAUUGCAGCGCUUCGACGUUUGGUAGUAUGCCGAGCGGUAGCAGUCCAGGUACAAAUGCGAAGACUGAAUCGGUGCAGGAAAGAAUACAACCGCAAUUGCUUCAGCAUCAUGCUGUAACCAGCUUGAGGGAUGAGAUUGAAUGGUUAUUACGAGAUGAAACUGCGACAGCACUUUUGGAUCAUCCUUCGCCAAAUGCAGAUACGUUAAAAUUUAUAGCACAGCACGUGUCGGAAUCUACCGGAAGAUCCAGUUGUUCGUUGGAUAAAGUACCUUUACAUUUUGUCUUCCCAUCGGAGAGCAGCCUGCCAAAAUUUUUAAAAGAAUUAAGAAAUCUUGAGAUCGACAAAUACUGCAUUUGCCAAGAAGCCGAUUUAUUUUAUUUUGUUAAGAAACCAGAAACAGUAGUAUGUAACAUAGAAGCGGAUACAUUAAACACAGAUAUAGAAGAACAGCUUUUAAAAGAUGAUGAGAGCGUUGAAAAUAUGGAGGAAGAAGAAAUACCUAUUACUACAAUUCAAAUAAACAGACAAGAUUCUGGAGAUGCGCCGGGUUAUUACUCGGAAAUAUCAAGUAUAGCUGAAGGAAAACACGGGACGGAUGAUGGAUAUGAAGGCGACAGUAGUAAUUCGGAAGAUGAUUAUCAAUGGUUGAUAGAACUUGAUAAACGUAGAAAUUACUUACCUAAUUUCUGGCUAAUUAUGAGUGUUGAAAAUAAUCAUGUUAAUGUCUAUUUUCACUGCAGAUUUUUGGAAUUGUCCUCGCCAGAAGUGGAUUGUUAUUUGCAAAUACAGAAAAUGCUGCUCGGUCAAAUCAAAGCUAUAUGCCGGCGAGUAAAUCAAUAUUUACUUUUACAAAAUCUUCACGAUACUCGCAUAUGCGAUCUACUCUUAGAACCAGAAUCUACUGAAGAUCAUAAUGCUUGGAGAGAAUCUGGCGGUGAGUCGGGAAAUCUUUUCCAGAAUCACAGUUCUUCAACUUUCAACGUUACGCCAGGCAUGUUCAGAUGCCCUGUCAUUUGGGAGGAACCCUUCAAUCUGCAUCCCCGCUUAAAAACUGGGCCCGGAAGAUCCGGAUUGUCCAGAGGAAUCAAAGCGUUGCAUGGCGUACUUAACAGAUUCUCUGUUAAUAAUCGAAAUAAUAUGUUCGUAUAUCAAGAAAAUAACGAGAAUGUAUUUUAUCUGCGACUUCACGAGCAGACAAACGACAUUAAACCUUUGCAGAAUAAAUUGUCCGAGAGCGAUGAGAAAUUAGUUGUUUCGCGCAGCAACAGCGUUGCAUCUUUGUCGCAGGCUAAAGGCAUCGGGCUGGUGAAUGAUCAUGUGAUAGCUAACGACACAAGACCUAGAGUUCGCUCGUUUGGCGAGAAAGAAUCGGAUAUCAUGAACAGAACUGGCGAUUCAAUUGUCCUGAUGGUACAUGGGAUAUCGGAAGCCGGUCCGGAGGUCAAACGGGAUUUAGUGCAGGUAUUGCAAAAUCGUCUCGAUGACGCGGUGUUGGAAGUGCUGUCUGUAAUGUUGUCUCGUAAUCCAAUGUGCAAGCUAACACCGGCGGACGUGCAUUUUAUUCAAAAACCAUACAAAUCUCCCGAGUGUAUAGUACGAUUAUCAGUACAGCCGCAUUGUUUACGAUGUAUGGAUGCUUUAGGAUAUUACUUGAGACAAAAUAUUUUGCAAUUCUUAUAUACUCCGAAAUAUACGGAUCUCGGUGCGCACUAUCAUUUUCAGGAUUACACUCCAUUAGACGGUACCAGAAAAAGAGUAUCCGAAUCCGAUAUUUUCUUAUACAACCAAAGCCACUCGAGUGGUAACAAAGGUAUAGCUUGCAUCGCGUUAGCUAUCGUUGAUAGCAAAGGAGAAUCUCCAGCAUAUCCGAAUAAUUCGAAUGAGUCGAGUUUUCCUAAGUUGUUGAGAAUCGAAAAUUUCGAGAGCAUUGUAUCGACCAAUGUUUACGAUCAUAAAAACGACUCUAAAUUGAGCGCACAAACGUUGAUCGAAUUUCGAAUCUGGAAACAAGGUAGAGUAAAUCUGGAAUCUUUAAUUCUGAAAUUGUCCUCUGCCGUGAAACAUGGUACCUGGGACUUGGUCACGGAGUAUAAUCUUCUAGCGACUCCUUUAACGGAACCAAUAGUUAUUAAUCCAACAACAAAAGAUGACGAAAUUAUAGUAGAGAACAAAGAGAUUCAGACACUCACAAAGAUAUCGGAGUCACAAAAAAUUUCCGAUAAUUUAACGAUUAAUCAAUACGAGCUCGGCGAAAAAGGAAAAUUGAGUGAGACUUACCACACUACGCUGGCACGUUGGUUUCAGUUUGCGCUAGAAAUGAAUGUUCCCGCCGUCAAAAAGCACGAAGUGAUCAUUCACCAUAGGCAUGCAAUUCCUGUAAUUGUUAGAGAAUUGCAGAAUCUCAUUCGUAGUCAGGAUACAGACACAUCUAGUAAAGUUUUUAUUUUACAAGAUCGACAACCAUUCCUGAAUCAAUUUGUUGUUUCGCAUAAAGCUGGAUCUGCACCCAAGUGGUCUGAUAGCGUCCGGAACAAUUCCGAUCAAUCUUUAGCGGAAAAUACAGAGGAAAGUGCAAAUUCACCCGUGUACGUGCCACAUGAAUUUAAUAAAGAUGAACAAACUACUUAUAUCAAAUGUAUUUUAAUCGCGAGGAAUUUUCAUCAAUGGAAGACAUCUUUGAGUAAAGAAAUAGAUCCGGAACUGCUUGCUCCUAAGGAUCAAAAACAAUUGCAGAAAUUUAAUCCCCUGAUAUCGGAAUCAAAUUUUGUGCCUAGGCAGAGGAUAUUGUUAGCUGAAAUAUUAAGUGACAAUAUAAUUAUUUAUAUGUACAACUGGUCCAAGGAAAAAUCGGAAAAAUUGAUAAAACAAACGACAAGUUUAGGUACAUGGCUUUCCUCUAGGUCGAGUCUGUUUACCAGCAUAAUUAUGCAAAAAUUAGGUAUAUUUCAUCACAAACUCACCCGAGAACCUCAGCAAAGAGAGCACAGUUCUCAAUAUUAUCAGAUUAAUGACAUGGAAAGUUUAGCGAAAUUUCCAAGUCAGUCGAAUACCGACAAGGACUGGACGCGAUCUAGCAACCGAGCACAAUCAAUGAAAAACAAUAUGUUUUCAUGGGUUCAAGUGGUUGGGCAGGCAAUGCGCGACGCAAAACCAAACGCCACGCAUUCUUAUAACACGACAGACGCGGUCGUAAAAGCCGCUUACGAUUUGCAGGAUUUGCGGCAUCGAGAAAAGAAAAUUAAAGAGGAUCUGGACAAAUUGUAUGCAAUGUGGCAGAGUCGCACGCCCAACAUACCAAUAUCACUGAAUGCUUUGAACACGUUCAAGCAACAUUCUCGUUUAAUACAUUUCUGCCACACACCCCUCCUCUUUUUGCCAGCAUGGCGUUUGCAGUCUGCCGCCACAAGGGAUCAUUCGUUGACGCCACCACAGUCAUCUCACUUUGGCUUGAAUGUUAACGAACAGUUAUUGCAACCAGUACAAUUAUCGAGACAAGAAGCGACGAACGCGAUUAUGAUUAAGUGGCAUCAAGAACUCUGCAAAUCGAUGUUGUCCGAAUAUAAACAGUACUUACAGAUUUUGGGCUUCAAUCCAAUUCAAGUGGAGUUACCGCAUAAAACAGACGAGGAGCAUGUGGAACAGCAUUCUUAUUAUCUGAAGAAGUCGAUGCUAGGCGGCAUUUUACUGUUUGAAGUUCACUUAUCGCAGCCGUUUUUUAUUGUAAAGUUGCAUAUUAUUGAAUGCAACCGCUUGCAGACGAAGACGAGUAGUGGUAUGAUGAACCAAUUUGUACUGAGUUUCGUUGAUGUUUGCGACAAGAUUCAAAUCAACAUGCAUCUGCAUUCGUUCACAUAUGAUUUUCACUUGCGUUGUAUUCAUUCGUACAUCGCUGGAACUGGUCUAUGGUCCUUGCAACAAGGCUAUCAUCUCACUCACUUUAUGGAUGACUUCAUCAAAUAUUACAGCAAGGCACCAAAUUACGCCAGGAAUCUAAUAUACAGCGACAUCAUAACGAUACGCGAUAUAGCGAUACCUGCACGCACAUUGUACUCUUAUUUGCUUUCGCAUGAGAAAGUAUACGGUAUGCGUGUAUUUGUAAUGUCCGGCGAACUUCAAGAAUCUCAUGACAACGAAUACGUCUUAAUUAAACUGCAAAGUACUCCCUCAGUUAGUUAUUGCGAUGCGCACGAUACGAAAUGUACAGACGACUUCGACGUAGCGUUGAUCGUGUCGCGCGUGGAACAGUCGCCGCAAAUUGAAAGAACUGAGAUCACUUUAAAAUAUUAUCUGAUGUUGACGAGCAAGAGGGAAUUAUAUCCAAAAAGGGAAGUAGAAAACAAUAAGCUGGGCAAGUUUAGAACUGUUUACAGCGUUGGAAAGCCACCUAUCAACAGCUCUCAUACAGAGAGCCCGGUAGAGUCUAGUUCUAUCUCACCUUUACCACCGUUUGUGAAAGGUAAUUCUAAGACGGAAAUGUUAAACGUUGAUCAACAGGAGAAAAGUCUCGAUUCGACGAGCGAUGUAAUUACUAAAGACACCGAUGUUAAAACAGUAAAUUACAACAUUCAUGACAGUUCAGCCCCAACGCCUCCACCAGUUCCAAACUCACCUCUAGCUCAAAACUCCAAUAUCCCGAGUACAGUCUCAAGCACGAAUGCGUCGUCCUCGUCGUCACCGCACUUGGUGCAAAUUCGCCAGGAAUCGGUGAAUUACCUAGGCUACUAUUCGUCACAUGAACAGCUCAUGCAACAGAUGAUCAUGGCCCAAGCAAAGGCUGCUCGUCAACAUAUAACGAACAUGGUGGAACGGGGAGCAUUGCAGUGUCGAACGCAUUUACUUUGGGACAAAUUACUGGAAAACAAGACUUCAAUGACGUAUACCGAAUUCAGAGAGCUCUGUUCGUUAGCCUACAUUGAACCCCUUAUAAAUCUCGAUCCUAGGCUUGGUCCAUUUGUUAACCAACCAGUUUCGUGGUAUCAAGCGUUGUCCAAAGUGUUACAAAAUAAAUAUCAAGAGCAUCACAAGCAAUUUAUUACCUCUGACGGGAAUAUCACCCAUCAUCUCAUACUACAUCCGACUCUUCUGCAAGCGUUCAUGAUGUUGACUAUCGAUAUGCACACAUCGCGAGGCGACUUAUGCGCAGUUUAUCGGAAAUCCACGGAGAUUAACAUGCCGAUGAACAUGGAAGACGUCUAUGCUUUAAUCGAAGGUUUUGUCAAUGCUUGUUGCUUCCACUUAUGGAUGGGCCUUUGCAGCCAGUGAUAACAUUCCGGACGUACAAUGUAAUUUGUAUAUUGCUUGUGAAAAUUUUGAUGUACUUACAAAAUUUAUAUGUGCAGUGUCACGUAGCGAAAUUAUCUUUUGCUGCCACAAAUCACAGUGCUCUAAUAUGGAUUAUUACACUUAUACGACUUUGUAAAUAUGAAAUAUAUAUUUUCAUGUUACAUACAUUAA